GGAAAAAGAGCUGCUGGAGCGCCUGUGUAGUCAUUAUCUUCAGUUAAGUCCUUUUCUGAAUGAGGAACAGGUAUCUUGGCGACAGUGUACAAUGCGCUUAUUGUAGCCAUUUGCAAGACAACAUUUCCCAGUAUUGGCUACAAUAACAAAACCUUUUUAUAUACGAAAAUUUAAUUCAAGUUUUGUUGAGAAUGUGGAGUAAGAGGAUUUUUCCUUGCUUGGUUGGACUGGUGACUUUAACGGGUUUACUGAUAGAAAACGUUUCUGGACAGAACCCUAUAACUCAGGGUAGAAACUUCAAGGUGGAUGAGUUGCCUUCCUCAUCGAGUCGAGUGAGGAGAAGAGGAAAACAAGAGUCUUUACGAGGGCCAAAUGUGUGUGGAUCUCGUUUUCACUCCUAUUGCUGCCCAGGUUGGAAAACUCUACCAGGGGGCAACCAGUGUAUUGUGCCCAUUUGCAGAAACAGCUGUGGCAACGGAUUCUGCUCUCGUCCCAACAUGUGUACGUGUCCCAGCGGCCAAAUCUCCCCAUCCUGCGGGAACAAAUCCACCCCGCAGUGUAAUAUCCGUUGUAUGAACGGUGGAAUCUGUACUGAGGACCAAUGUCAGUGCUCCAAGGGUUAUACCGGGACAUAUUGUGGACAACCCAUCUGCGAGAACAAGUGCCAGAAUGGUGGGCGCUGCAUUGGACCCAACCGGUGCGCGUGUGUAUACGGAUUCACCGGGCCACAGUGUGAGAGAGACUAUAGAACAGGCCCCUGCUUCACCCAAGUCAACAACCAGAUGUGUCAGGGCCAGGUGAGCAGCAUCGUGUGCACCAAGACCCUGUGCUGUGCCACUGUGGGGCGUGCCUGGGGGCACCCCUGUGAGAUGUGCCUGGCCCAGCCCCAGCCCUGCCGUCGAGGCUUCAUCCCCAACAUCCGCACUGGAGCCUGCCAGGACGUUGACGAGUGCCAGGCCAUCCCAGGGCUGUGCCAGGGAGGAAGCUGCAUCAACACUGUGGGCUCGUAUAAGUGCAAGUGCACAGCUGGCCAUCGGCAGAACGAGGGCUCCCAGAAGUGUGAGGAUGUGGAUGAGUGCGCAACCAUACCCCGUGUGUGUGACGGAGGACAGUGUUUCAACUUGGUCGGAAGCUACUCUUGUGUUUGUCCCCCUGGCUUCACCCCAUCAUCAGACAAAACACGCUGCUUAAAUCAGCGUCCGGGCUCUUGUUUUGGGAGCCUGCUGAACGGGCGCUGUUACCAGGAGAUGUCCGGUCGCUUCAGCAAGGCUCAGUGUUGCUGUGACAGCGGGCAUUGCUGGGCACGGGGGUCAGUGCCGGAGAUGUGCCCUGUCCAAGGCUCAGAGGAGUACAGGAGGAUGUGUGUGGAGGGGGUCCCUGUCAACCCUUACCCAGAGGGAGACCCCAGCGUCAUCGGUGGGAGAGAGAAACCCCAGGUCCCCCUUAACCCUUUUAAUUCACAGACCCCUUUGAACCCCUCAAACCCUUACAUCCCACUGAAUCCUCAGAGACCAGAAUAUGACCACACAAUCAAUGGUCAGCCAACCAAUGGGAAUGGAAACAAUGUGCCUAAGCCUGACUAUGCUACUCUCAACCAGACAAUGGAUGUUUGCCGACAGCUGCCUAACCUAUGUCUACAUGGCCGAUGUAUCCCUGUGCCAUCCAGCUACCGCUGCGAGUGUAACACUGGAUACACACAGGACACCCACAGGGAAUGUGCUGAUGUAGACGAGUGCUCCUCGGACCCUUGCACCAAUGGUAAUUGUGUAAACACAGCUGGCUCCUACUACUGCAAAUGUCACACUGGCUUUCAGAGGACUCCUGGGAAGCAGACCUGCAUCGACAUUGAUGAGUGCCUGCACAAUGGGGUGCUUUGUAAGAAUGGACGGUGCCUCAACACAGAAGGCAGCUUCCAGUGCAUCUGUAAUGCAGGUUUCCAGCUCACCUCUGAUGGCUGGAACUGUGUCGACCAUGAUGAAUGUGCUACCACCAACAUGUGUCUGAAUGGCAUGUGUAUCAACGAGGACGGUAGCUUUAAGUGUGUCUGCAAACCCGGGUUCACCCUGGCAUUGAGUGGACGUUACUGCACAGAUAUUGACGAGUGUCAGACUCCAGGCAUUUGUAUGAACGGUCGCUGCAUCAACACAGAGGGGUCCUUCAAGUGUGUGUGUCUGGCUGGACUGGCUGUAGGGGUGGAUGGACGAUUUUGCGUGGAUACACACAUGCGGAGUACCUGCUAUGGAGCCAUAAAGAAGGGUGUGUGUAUGCAACCCUUUCAAGGAGCAGUCACCAAGUCUGAAUGUUGCUGUGCCAGCAGUGAUUACAGCUUUGGAGAGCCAUGCCAAUCAUGUCCUGCCAAGAACUCUGCUGAGUUUCAGGCAUUGUGUGGAAGUGGAAUUGGCUUUACUGUAGAUGGAACAGACAUCAACGAGUGUGGCCUGGACCCUGACAUCUGUGGCAACGGAGUAUGUGAGAACCUGAGAGGUAGUUUCCGCUGCAUCUGUAACACCGGUUACGAGUCAGACCAAAGCGGCAAGAACUGUGUGGACAUCGAUGAAUGCAUGGUGAACCGUCUGCUCUGUGACAACGGUCUCUGCCGGAAUGUUCCAGGGAGCUACAGCUGCACCUGUCCCAAGGGCUUCGUCUUCAGGCAGGACUCUGAGACAUGUGAAGAUUUGAAUGAGUGUGAGAGCAGCCCCUGUGUCAACAGUGUGUGUAAGAACAUUGCCGGCUCCUUCAUCUGCGAGUGCUCUUCAGGCAGCAAGCUGGACACCACCGCUCUCAUUUGUAUAGACAGUCUGAAGGGGACCUGUUGGCUGAACAUCCAAGAUGGCCGCUGCGAGGUCAACAUCAAUGGGGACACUCUUAAGUCUGAGUGCUGUUCCACCCUGGGAGCGGCCUGGGGCAGUCCUUGUGAGCAGUGUGAGAUUGAUCCCAUCUGUUCCAGAGGCUAUGCCAGGCCACGAGGAGUCAAAUGUGAAGAUGUAAAUGAGUGUGAAGUCUUCCCAGGCGUGUGUCCCAACGGGCGCUGUGUUAACACUAAGGGCUCCUUUAAGUGCCAGUGUCCCGAGGGUCUUACACUGGACUUCACUGGCCGGGUGUGUGUAGACAUUCGCUCAGAGCACUGCUACCUGACGUAUGAUGAGGAUUUGUGCACCAAGCCUGUGCCCGGACGCUUCCGCAUGGAUGCCUGCUGCUGCACGGUAGGUGCCGCCUGGGGGAAAGAGUGUGAGGCAUGCCCCGAGCCAGGCACCAGACAGUAUGAGGCCCUGUGCCCACGGGGGCCAGGCUUUGCCAAUCGAGAUGUACUCACCGGUCGGCCCUUUUAUAAAGAUGUCAAUGAAUGCAAGGUAUUUCCCAGUAUUUGUACUCAUGGAAAGUGUCGGAACACCAUUGGGAGCUUCAGGUGUCGCUGCGAUGGCGGCUUCGCCCUUGACAUGGAGGAACGCAACUGUACAGAUAUCGAUGAGUGCCAUAUCUCUCCUGACCUGUGUGGUCAAGGGGCUUGCGUCAACACCCCAGGAAGCUUUGAGUGUGAGUGCCACCAGGGCUAUGAGAGUGGCUUCAUGAUGAUGAAGAACUGCAUGGACGUUGACGAGUGUGAGCAGGACCCGUCGCUGUGCCGCGGGGGCUCCUGUGAGAACACAGAAGGCAGCUACGAGUGUGUGUGCCCCUCAGGGCACCAGCUGUCUACUGACGGGGCAGCUUGUGAGGAUGUGAACGAGUGCGAGCUGAGCAACAAUCUUUGCAAGCAUGGAAAGUGUGUGAAUGUUGCAGGCACCUACCAUUGCUUAUGUGACUCUGGUUACCAGGCAACCCUGGACAGGCGGGGCUGUGCAGAUAUUGAUGAGUGCACCAUAGAGAACGGAGGCUGUGACCUCCACUGCACCAACUCUGAGGGAAGCUAUGAGUGCAGCUGCAGCACAGGCUACUCACUUAUGCCUGACCUGAGGAGCUGUGCAGAUGUGGAUGAGUGUGAGGAGGAGCCUGAGGUAUGCAAUGGUGGACAGUGCACCAACGUCCCCGGAGAGUACCACUGCCUUUGCUAUGAUGGAUUUAUGGCCUCCAUGGACAUGAAGUCCUGCAUAGAUGUAAAUGAGUGUGACUUGAACCCCAACAUCUGUAUGCAUGGGGAGUGUGAGAACACCAAGGGGUCCUUCAUCUGCCACUGUCAGCCUGGCUACUCUGUUAAGAAGGGAACCUCUGGUUGCACUGAUAUGGACGAGUGUGAGGUUGGGGCCCACAACUGUGAUAUCCACGCUACUUGUGUCAACACCCCAGGGGCCUUCAGGUGCUCAUGUCGUGAAGGCUGGAUGGGCAACGGUGUCAAGUGCACAGACUUGGAUGAGUGUAACAACGCGACACACCACUGCAGCGUAAAUGCCAAGUGUCUGAACACUCCAGGAUCCUACCGUUGCUCCUGUGCUGAGGGCUUCACUGGAGAUGGAUACAACUGUGCAGACAUGGACGAGUGUGCGGAUAACGUGGACCUGUGCGAGAAUGGCCAGUGUCUAAACGCCCCGGGGGGCUACCGCUGCGACUGUGAGAUGGGCUUCACUCCCGCCACUGACAGACGUACCUGCCAAGAUAUUGAUGAAUGUUCCUUCCAGAACAUCUGUGUGUUUGGAACCUGUAAGAACAUCCCAGGCAUGUUCCGCUGUAUCUGCAACGAUGGCUACGAGCUGGACCGAUCUGGAGGCAACUGUACAGACGUGGAUGAGUGCCUGGACCCCAUCAACUGUGUGAACGGCCUAUGUGUUAACACCCCGGGCUCCUACGAGUGUAACUGCCCUCCAGACUUUGAAUUGAACCCCACUGGGGUAGGCUGUGUAGACACCCGCGUGGGUAACUGCUUCCUUGAGCAUGGCUCCUGGGGCCAGGGCAAGCUCUCCUGCAGUGUGGAGGUGGGGGUCAGCGUCAGCCGCUCGUCCUGCUGCUGCUCCCUGGGACGUGCCUGGGGAAACCCCUGUGAACUCUGCCCUGCCGCCAACACCUCAGACUACAAUACGCUCUGUCCAGGAGGGGAGGGAUUCCGACCCAACCCCAUUACUAUCAUACUAGAAGAUAUAGAUGAGUGCCAGGAGCUGCCGGGCCUGUGUCAGGGAGGGAACUGUGUCAACACCUUUGGCAGCUUCCAGUGUGACUGUCCCUCUGGAUACUACCUCAACGCAGAGAGCCGCAUCUGUAAAGACAUAGAUGAGUGUGUGGUGAAUCCUGGGAUAUGCGGUCCGGGCACCUGCUAUAACACCCUGGGGAACUACACUUGUGUUUGCCCUCAGGAGUACAUACAGGUCAAUGGGGGCAACAAUUGUAUGGAUAUGAGGAAGAGUCUAUGCUACAGGAACUACAAUGGUACCGCCUGUGAGAAUGAGCUGGCCUUCAACCUCACCCAAAAGAUCUGUUGCUGUGCCUACAAUGUAGGCAAGGCCUGGAACAAGCCCUGCAAGGCCUGCCCCAAGCCUGGAACAGAUGGCUAUAGGAGUCUUUGUGGCAAUAUCAUCCCAGGAUUCAAGCUUGACAUUGAAACGGGGAAAGCAGUCGACAUUGAUGAAUGUCGAGAGAUCCCUGGUAUCUGUGCUAAUGGGGUGUGCAUCAACCAGAUAGGGAGCUUCCGCUGUGAGUGUCCCACAGGCUUCAGCUACAAUGACCUGCUGCUUAUUUGCGAAGACAUUGACGAGUGCAGCAGCGGUGAGAACCUGUGCCAGAGAAACGCUGACUGUAUCAACAGUGCAGGGAGUUACCGCUGUGAAUGCUCAGAGGGCUACAAUCUGUCCCCCAAUGGAGCCUGCAUCGACCGUAAUGAGUGUCUGGAGAUCCCCAAUGUCUGCAGUCAUGGAGAAUGUGUGGACAUCAGAGGAGGAUACCGGUGUGUGUGUCACAAAGGCUUCAAGGUCACAUCCAACCGCAAAAUGUGCAUGGAUAUUGACGAGUGUGAGCGCCAGCCAUGUGGGAAUGGGACCUGUAAAAACACAGUGGGAUCGUACAACUGUCUCUGCCACCCUGGCUUUGAGCUUACCCACAACAAUGACUGCAUGGACGUGGAUGAGUGCACAACGUCGUAUGGCCAGAUAUGCAGGAACGGCCAGUGUCUCAACAGUGUGGGCUCCUUCCUGUGUCUGUGUGAUGAGGGCUACGAGUUCACCCCUGAUGGCAGGAACUGUGUCGAUGUCAACGAGUGUUUUUUGUUUCCCGGAACCUGUUCUCCUGGUACCUGCCAGAACCUGGACGGUUCCUUUCGCUGUCUCUGCCCGUCGGGUUACAUUGUCCAGAGUGACGAGUGUAUAGAUGUGAACGAGUGUGAUGAAGACCCCAACAUCUGUCUGUUUGGAUCCUGCAUCAACAUACCCGGGAAUUUCGAGUGUGUGUGCCGGCCUGGCUUUGUGCUGUCAGAGAAUAGACGGAGGUGUUAUGACACUCGCGAGAGCUACUGCUUCACUCGCUUUGAGACUGGCAAGUGCUCCUUACCCCAGGCCUUCAACACAACCAAGGCCAAGUGCUGCUGUAGCACCAUGCCCAAGGAGGGCUGGGGGGAUCCCUGUGAACUCUGCCCCAAGGAGCAAGAUGUUGCUUUCCAAAACCUGUGCCCAUACGGACAUGGUAUAAUUCCUGGAAUUGGAGACACACGUAUCGAUCUGAAUGAGUGCCUAGAGAACCCAGGCAUCUGUCACAAUGGACACUGUAUCAACACAGACGGCUCUUUCCGCUGUGAAUGCCCCAUGGGGUAUGCACUCAACUACACUGGAAUACAUUGUGUCGACAUUGAUGAGUGUACCGUGGGGAACCCCUGUGGGAACGGCACAUGCACUAACGUGAUAGGUGGGUUCGAGUGUAACUGUGAGGAGGGCUUUGAGCCAGGCACCAUGAUGACCUGUGAAGAUGUAAAUGAGUGCACUCAAAACCAGCUCCUCUGUGCGUUCCGCUGCAUCAACACUUUCGGAGGCUACGAGUGCACCUGUCCGUCUGGUUAUGCCCUGAGAGAGGACCAGAGAAUGUGCCAGGAUUUGGAUGAGUGUUCAGAGGGACUCCACGACUGUGACUCUCGGGGGAUGACCUGUAAGAACCUUAUCGGCACCUUUAUGUGUGUGUGUCCACCUGGUAUGGUGCGCAACCGUGACGACGAAGUCUGCCAGGAUGAAAACGAGUGUCGUUCCAAGCCGGGCAUCUGUGAGAACGGCCGCUGUGUUAACAUCAUAGGCAGCUAUGUGUGUGAGUGUGGGGAGGGCUACCAGACAGAUUCCACACGGACACAGUGUCUAGACUACAGGGAGGGCUUCUGCUUCACCGAGGUGCUCCAGACAAUGUGCCAGAUGUCCUCCAGCAGCCGCACCAAGUCCACCAAGUCCCAGUGCUGCUGCGACGGCGGCCGUGGCUGGGGCAACCAGUGCGAGCUCUGUCCCCUACCUGGCACUGCCCACUACAAAAAGCUCUGUCCCCACGGGCCAGGGUACGCCACUGAUGGCACAGAUAUAGAUGAGUGUAAGGUCAUCCCUGAUGCCUGUAAAAAUGGCCGCUGCAUCAACACAAUGGGCUCCUACCGCUGCCACUGCCAACCUGGCUACGCAUCAACCAUCACUGGCACUGCCUGCGUUGACCUUGAUGAGUGUGCCAUGUCCCCCAAGCCGUGCAACUUCAUCUGUAAGAACACUGAGGGCAGCUACGCCUGCUCGUGUCCACGUGGAUACCUGCUCCAGGAAGAUGGCAGAACUUGCAAAGACCUGGACGAGUGCCAGACCAAGAGACACAACUGCCAGUUUCUAUGUGUGAACACUGUGGGGGGCUUUACCUGCAAGUGUCCCCCAGGCUUCACCCAACACCACACAGCCUGCAUUGACAACAAUGAGUGUGUGUCAGAGGCCUCUCUGUGUGGAGCUAAGGGCAUAUGUCAGAACUCUCCCGGUAGCUUUGCAUGUGAGUGCCAGCAUGGGUACUCUCUGGACAACACUGGUCUAAACUGUAAAGACGUGGACGAGUGUGAGAGCAACCACAGAUGUCAGCAUGGGUGUCAGAACAUGUUGGGGGGAUACCGCUGUAGCUGUCCUCAGGGCUACACACAGCACUACCAGUGGAACCAGUGUGUGGAUGAGAACGAGUGCUCCAACCCCGGCAGCUGUGGCUCAGCCUCCUGUUACAACACGCUGGGUAGCUUCAAAUGUGCCUGCCCUUCAGGCUACAACUUUGACCAGUUCUCUAGCAGUUGUGAGGAUGUCAACGAGUGCUCCUCACGCAAGAACCCCUGCAACUACGGCUGCUCCAACACUGAGGGGGGCUACCUAUGUGGUUGCCCUCCAGGGUACUACCGUGUUGGCCAAGGUCACUGUGUGACCGGUGUGGGUUUUGGAAAGGACCAAUACGGGCCUGUGGAGACAGGAGAGGAGGAUAACGCUCUUUCUCCGGAUACCUGCUAUGAGUGCAAGGUCAAUGGUUACCCCAAGAAGAAUGGCCGCAAGAGACGCAGCACCAAUGAAACGGCAGAGGACAUCCAGGUCAGCCUCGCCAGUCUGGACAUGGAGUUGCUCCUCACCCUGGUCCUAAACACAUCUCAACUCAACCCCAAGCAGCACAUCCUGGAGCUGAUGCCCGCCAUCAAGCCCCUCUCGGGACACGUUCACUAUGUCAUUGCCACGGGGAACCAGGACGGCCAGUUCCGCAUCCAGAGGCGUGACGGCCUCAGCUACCUGCACAGCACCAAGAGGAAGGUGGCCACUUUACCACAGGAGUACACGCUAGAGAUCACCAGCUCCCUGCUCUAUGGUAAAGUACAGCUCAAAGAGCUGGAAGACCACAGAGAUCAAGACUACCUCACAGGGGAGCUGGGAGAAAACCUGCGCAUGCGACUGCAUAUCCGACUGCAGUAAAUGGGUGAAUAGACACCACCUUUCGCAGUGGUGCGUUCCUGUUCAAUAUUAGCCAAAUAUAUAAGACUGGAUUGCUUCUUCCCAAUCGUAUUUUUUACCUGAAAGAAGAAUAUGAUUGCCUCUAUAGGAAAAGAAAGAAAGAUGAUUGAAGCUUGAACUUGAGACAUGCCAUCUUUGCCUUUUUGGCCUCUCAGUGACCUCAUGCCAUGGCCCUAUUUGCAGAAUCACAUACCACAUGGUUUGUUAAAUAACCAGAUGGUAAGAUUUUUAUGUCGAGACAGAUAGAUCUUGCUUAAUUUAAUUGACCUAGUCCUAGAUUGUUGAUAACAUUGCAGUACAUGUUCAGAUAACUGAAACUGCACAGCAUUGUUGGCAUAGAUAUAUAAUACAGUGGAUGUCAGAUUGUGAGGAAUUCAGGCUAGGUAAGAGGAUGUUUGUCUUCGUAGAACACUCCGAAAAUCGUAUGCAACUGGGUUUCAUGGUGCCUUUGUAAUGUCAAUUAGCCUUUUAUAUUAAUGCAAUUAAUCAUAAAUGAGAUCAUAAAUGAGAGCAGUAAUCAAACAUUGUAUCCACUUAUAUGUACAUAUUAACAAUCUUAAUUUCAGUUUUGUAACCUAAUUUUUGUAAUUUAUUUUAGUACUUCGUGAAUUAUCUAGUAUUUAAGAGGCACACAAUGGAGAAAGUCAUGUUUAAUAAAAUUACACAAAAAGGGAAAUACUGACCACCUGCUCCAAUAACCAUGUUAACAAGUGCGUACAUUCCCAAUCUGAAAGUGUACAGUAGGUAGUGUACAAAAUAUUGCAAUAUUACCUCAAACAA